AUGAAAAAGGAUUUCGAAAGAGAUUUAUCGGGCGUUAAAGCGAGAUACAAAAUUGACAACAGUACGAAUGGUAAAAAAUGGACACCAAUACAAGUAACCAAAAGCGGUACACAACCAAUUAAAUCCGACGAUCGUCGCGUCUGGUCUGAUAGAUCAUCAUAUAAAAAAGUUGCAACGUUUAAUUUCAUCGAAAACUUUUUUUUUGCUAGUCCCGAGCAAAUAAUGUCCAACGAACUGAUAUCGGUCAAAACUGCAGUUGAGGUCGCCAUUUCUGCUGCCAUCCUCGGCGGUUUUUAUUAUUACGUCCCGAACCUCAUUGUUCCUAUAAUUGUGCUUGUCGUUGGCUCAUGGUAUAGAUAUUUUAGUUCGUUGAAAAAAACCAAGUCAGUUUUAGAUCCUGGACUAUGGAAGCAGUUUCCACUCGUGGAAAAGAUCCGAAUCAGCCAUAACGUUGCUUUAUACCGUUUCGCAUUACCGAAUUCGAAUGAUGUUUUAGGUCUUCCCAUCGGUCAGCAUAUAUCGGUGCAAGCAGAAAUUAAUGAUAAACUUAUUCAACGUAGUUACACGCCAACCAGUUCAGACGACGAUCUUGGUCAUUUUGACCUCGUUGUAAAGACCUAUCCCACUGGCAACAUAUCCAAGUGGUUCGAUGAACUUAAGAUUGGGGAAAAAAUUACGGUAAAAGGUCCCAAGGGUCAAUUCAAGUAUAGACCGGGAUUGGUUCGAGCUCUCGGAAUGAUCGCUGGCGGUACUGGCAUAACACCGAUGUUGCAGAUUAUUCGUGCAGUUUGCAAGAAUCCCCGUGACAAAACUCGCAUCAACCUAAUUUAUGCAAAUGUCACCAGUGAUGACAUUUUAUUGAAAGACGAAUUGGAUUCACUUGCGUCCGAACACGAAAAAUUCUCAGUUUACUACACUUUGGACAAGCCCCCACAAAAUUGGGCCGGAGGUUCAGGAUUUGUGACUCCCGAAAUGAUACAAAAAUAUUGUCCUAGACCUGCGGAUGAUAUCAAAAUAUUGUUAUGUGGUCCUUUGCCUAUGGUCAAUGCUAUGUCCAAGAAUUGCGAAUCGCUGGGCUAUGAAAAAUCCAGAAGCAUUUCAAAGCUUGAGUUGAAUAAAAUGCGCGAGAAAUUUCAAAAUCGUAUUCAUGCUGGCAAUAUUUUGGCCGAGGAGGUAGCAAAGAAAUACAAUAAUGUUAAUAAUGAUGUUAUUGUAUUGGCAUUGCCAAGAGGUGGCGUACCUGUGGGCUUCCAAAUCGCUCAAAAAAUCAAGGCUCCAUUUGAUGUCUUUUUGGUCAGGAAAAUCGGAGUAGAAGGUUACGAAGAAUUGGCCAUGGGUGCCAUUACUGAAACUUCGAGGAUCUUUAAUGAAGAUAUAAUUUCAAUGCUCCACAUUGAUCAAAAAUCAAUUGACCGCGUCAUUCAGCGUGAAAGUGCCGAAUUGCAAAGACGCAAUCAGAAAUACAGGAAAGGAAAACCUGCUCCCAACGUUACGGGAAAGAUCAUAAUCCUGGUUGAUGAUGGAAUUGCUACGGGAGCGACGAUAAGAGCUGCUUACACUUCCUUGAAAAAACUUAAUCCUUCAAAGAUUGUAGUUGCGGUGCCAGUCGCCGCUCCUGACACUCUGACGAAAAUAGGAAAAGAAGUGGACGAUACAAUUUGUCCAUUGGUACCUCGCACCUUGUCAGGAAUUGGACAAUGGUAUCACGAUUUUAGCCAGACCGAAGACGACGAAGUCACGACCCUAUUAGCCAGAGCCGAAGAAGUUUGCCCCGUUCCAACCAUUUCAGCUGAGGACACCAAAAAAUAUCAAACCGAAACUAUCUUGGAAUAA